AUGAGUUCGGAAAUUUCUGGAUCCACCAUCAAAAGGACUAUGUCUACUAUUAGUAAAGAUCCUAGCAGUGACGAAGUACCAAACAAUAACGAUGUGACGAACUACAAAGGCUUCGAUCUGAAUGUUGCGAGCAAAAUUCAAGACUUGGCAAGAACACUAUCAAGGAGCUCAACUCUAAACAGACUGGAAUCCAGAACUUCGUUUUCAUCAUUAUUAAAUACUCCACCUAUCAUGCCUUUUGUGGAAAAUAACUUGGAUCCUCGGUUGGACCCUAACUCAGAUAAAUUCGAUUCCAAGCUCUGGGUUAUGAAUUUUGAACGGUUGACUAACAGUGACCCAGAUUAUUACAAACCAUCAUCUUUGGGUGUCAUAUUUAAGGGUCUCGAGGCAUCUGGUACAGCCGUCGAGGCUGAUUAUCAAACUGAUUUCUCUAAUUUUAUUCCAAAAUACUCUAAAAUCAUUCUUGAUGACUUCAUCUUGAAAAAAAAGGCACCACGUUUUAAUAUUUUGAAGCCUAUGGAUGGGCUAUUAAAACCAGGUCAGUUAUGUGUUGUUUUGGGUAAACCAGGAGCUGGCUGCACAACCUUUUUGAAAUCAAUUGCCACCGAAACCUAUGGUUUCGAAACUCCUGAGAACUCCGAAAUUUCUUAUGAUGGAAUUUCCCCAAAAGAAAUUCACAAGCAUUAUAGAGGUGAUGUCGUGUAUUGUGCAGAAACGGAAAAUCAUUUUGCGAACUUAUUGGUAGGUGAUACUUUGAAAUUCGCUGCACAAAUGAGAACACCUCAAAAUAGACCUGAUGGUGUUGCUAGAGAUAUGUAUGCUCAACACAUGAGCGAGGUUAUCAUGGCAACCUAUGGCUUAAGCCAUACUAAAAACACCCGAGUAGGAAACGAUUUUAUCCGCGGUGUUUCUGGUGGUGAAAGAAAAAGAGUUUCUAUUUGCGAAGUUGCAUUAUCUGGUGCCAAGGUCCAAUGUUGGGAUAAUUCCACUAGAGGUUUAGAUUCUGCCACUGCAUUGGAAUUUGUGAAGGCGUUAAAAACUGCUGCUGUUGUGCAAAAUAGAACCCCUAUGAUUGCUAUCUAUCAAUGUUCCCAAGGUGCUUAUGAUAUUUUUGAUACUGUUCAAUUAUUGUAUGAAGGUUAUCAAAUCUACUUUGGUGAUGCUAAAAAAGCAAAGGACUAUUUUCUUACAAUGGGUUACGAGUGCCCUCCUAGACAGACCACUGCAGAUUAUUUGACCUCUGUUACUUCUCCAUCAGAACGUAUUGUGAGAAAAGGCAUGGAAGGCACCGUUCCAAGUACUCCAAAAGAGAUGUACGACUAUUGGAUGGGCUCACCUGAACAUGCAAAAUUAUUGAAAGAAAUUGAUGAGUAUAAAAAAGAGAUUCAAGAUGGACUGAGAGCAAGUGCUUUCAAGGAGUCUUACCACGCUCGUCAAUCGAAGAAAGCAAGACCUUCAUCCCCUUACACACUUACAUAUUUUCAGCAAAUCAAAUGCAUUAUGCAUAGAAACUGGCUUAGAACAAAGGGUGAUCCUUCUAUCACAUUGUGGACCAUAUUUGCCAAUUCAGUCAUGGCUUUAAUUAUCUCUUCUGUUUUUUAUAACCUUAGAUCUGAUACAAGUAGUUUCUAUUACAGAACUUCAUCCAUUUUCUUUGCUAUUUUAUUUAAUGCUUUUGGAUCCCUUCUCGAGGUGUUUUCUUUGUUCGAAGCUCGUCCUAUUGUUGAAAAGCAUAAGACUUACGGUCUUUACCAUCCUUCUGCUGAUGCCUUGGCAUCUAUUAUAACAGAAUUACCUACCAAAAUUUUUAUCUGCUUGGCAUUUAAUUUAAUCUUCUACUUUAUGGUGAAUCUCAGACGAACCCCGGGUCAUUUUUUUUUUUAUUUGCUUGUGAAUUUUACUGGUACUUUGUCCAUGUCUCAUAUUUUCAGAUCUGUUGGUGCUGCUUCUAGAACAUUAUCCCUUGCAAUGACCCCCGCUGCCAUUCUUUUGUUGAUUUUUACCAUUUAUACUGGCUUUGUGGUUCCUAUUCCUGAUUUACUUGGCUGGUCUAGAUGGAUCCAUUAUCUUAAUCCAAUUCAAUAUGCCUUUGAAGCCUUGAUUGCCAAUGAAUUCCAUAAUAGAAAGUUUCCUUGUGCCCAGUUUGUUCCCACUGGGAAAGGGUACCCAAAAUCCGGGGAAAAUGUGAUCUGUACUCCCGUUUCUUCCAAACCUGGUGAAUCUUACGUUGAUGGGGAUGCAUAUAUCAACUUGUCAUUUGAAUAUUAUUGGGAUCAUAGAUGGAGAGAUUGGGGUAUCGUGUUAUCUUUUGUUAUCUUUUUCCUUGGAGUUUAUCUCUUGUUAUGUGAAUUCAAUAGAGCUUCUAUGCAAAAGGGUGAAAUUUUACUUUUCCAAAAGAAAUCAUUGAAAAAAUCCAAUAUCCAAACGAUUAAGGAUGACCUUGAAGCUGGACCAAUUGAGAAAGUUAGACUUGAAGAUGAGACCACAGAGAAGGCAGUGCCAACUGAUUCUCCAUCCGAGGAGUCUCAUAAAAAUAUUUUCCACUGGAAAGAUUUAACUUAUCAAGUGAAAAUUAAGUCAGAAGAUCGUGUUAUUUUGGAUCAUGUUUCUGGCUUUGUCAAACCCGGCACUGUUACUGCUUUAAUGGGUGCAUCUGGUGCUGGUAAAACUACUUUGUUGAAUGCUUUAUCUGAUCGUUUGACAAGUGGUGUCAUUACCGAAGGCAAGAGAAUGGUUAACGGGCACCCAUUAGAUAAGUCGUUCCAAAGAUCCAUUGGUUAUGUUCAGCAACAAGAUUUACAUUUGGAAAUUUCCACUGUUCGUGAAGCUUUGCUAUUUUCUGCAGAGUUACGUCAACCGGCCAGUGUUCCAAGAGAGGAGAAGAUUGCUUAUGUUGAGGAGGUGAUUGAUUUACUUGAAAUGAGACCUUAUGCUGGAGCUGUCGUUGGUGUUGCUGGUGAAGGCUUGAAUGUUGAACAAAGAAAGAGAUUGACUAUUGGUGUUGAAUUGGCAGCCAAACCUGAAUUACUUGUUUUUCUUGAUGAGCCAACCUCUGGUCUUGACUCCCAGACUGCUUGGUCUAUUUGCCAGUUGAUCAGAAAGUUAGCCAACCAUGGACAUGCUAUUUUGUGUACUAUCCAUCAACCUUCAGCUAUUUUGAUGCAGGAAUUUGACAGAUUGUUGUUUUUGCAAAGAGGCGGCCAAACUGUUUAUUUUGGUGAAUUAGGAGCGGGUUGUCAUAUUAUGAUAGAUUACUUUGAAAAAUAUGGCGCUCCUAAAUGUCCACCAGAAGCUAAUCCUGCUGAAUGGAUGCUUGAAGUUAUUGGUGCUGCCCCUGGAUCACAUGCUGAACAAAAUUAUUACGAUGUCUGGAGAAAUUCGAGUGAGUUCCAGGAUCUUCAUGGUGAGUUGAAUACUAUGGAGACAGAAUUAUCUAAAUUGCCGGUAAAUGAUGAUCCGGAAAAGUACAAGACCUACGCUGCAUCUUUCUCGAAACAAUAUUUGUUAGUUACUCAAAGAGUUUUUCAACAAACAUGGAGGACUCCAAGUUAUAUUUACUCCAAGUUAUUGAUUGCUGUGGCUUCUUCCUUGUUUAAUGGUUUCACUUUCUUCAUGGCCAAAAAAUCUUUACAAGGAUUACAAUCACAAAUGUUUGCCAUUUUCAUGUUUAUUGCGAUUUUCGGUUGUUUGGUACAACAGUAUUUGCCUAAUUUUGUUGCCCAACGUGAUAUCUAUGAAGCUAGGGAAAGACCAUCAAGAACGUUUUCCUGGGUUGCUUUUAUCACUGCUCAAAUUACCUCAGAAAUCCCGUGGCAGAUUUUCGCUGGUACAAUAGCCUUUUUUUGUUGGUACUAUCCAGUUGGUUUGCAACAUAAUGCGUCGUAUGCAGGCGAUCUUCAUGGUCGUGGCGCCAUGAUGUGGAUCGUUGUUGUCCUCUUCUAUGUUUACACGUCAACAUUUGCUCAAUUAGCAAUUUCAUUCAAUGAGCAUGAUGCAAAUGCAGCUAACCUAUGUGUUAUGUUAUUCACGAUGUGUUUGAUUUUCUGUGGGGUUCUCUCACCUCCAAAUGUGAUGCCAGGAUUUUGGAUUUUCAUGUACAGAUGUAAUCCAAUGACUUACGUUGUGAGUGCAAUGCUCUCACUUGCUGUUUCUGACAAUGAUGUUACAUGUGCUUCUAAUGAGUAUUUGAAGUUUCCACCUCCUCAAGGAAUGUCUUGUUAUCAGUAUAUGGAACCUUAUAUUAGCAUUGCUGGUGGAUAUUUGCUACCUUCAACUAUCAACUCUACUACUGAUUGCUCCUUCUGUGCUGUUUCUGAAACAAACACUUAUCUUCAUAAGCUUGAAAUCAAACCUAGCCAAAAUGGGCGUAAUGUCGGUAUUUUCUCAGCGUACAUUUUCAUUGACAUGAUUGGCACAGUUUUUUUCUAUUGGUUAGCUAGAGUACCUAAGGGCUCUGGUAAGAGAUCUUCAUGA